UACAUCGACUCACUAUCAUUCUAACCAGCAUGUUAGCAACACAAUUUCUCGAGGAAUAAGUUUCCUCCUUCAUUUUGCAUACAUAUGUAUUGUACAGUGCUUACAUACAUUGAACGAAGAGAAAAAUCCGUCUGUUCACGAAUUUGAUUUUAAAACAACAUUUGGAAAAUAAUUAUACACAUAAAUCAGAUAUAUAUGUUUUGCAGUAUUCGCACUCUGAUUUUUGAAAAAAGGAAAAUACUGUCAAAUUAAACAAAAAGAAAAAGCAGGAUAUAAUAUCGCGACAUGAAGUGUUCGGUUCUGCUUCAAACUGAAUUACUGAAGAUGGAAAAAAGAAAGCGUUUACGCGAUCUAGUUGAUCGACCGUCCGAACUCAUCAGAACUAUUAAAAAUUUAUUUUCACAGGUGAAAAAGUAACUAUGUUAACAAGCAACUUGUAUGUUGGAAACAUAUUUCGUUUCUCACGACACAGGACAGAAUGAAUGAAUUAAACAUUCUCUUAUCUUUUCUGCAUCGUAAGGUCAUUACCGUGAGUAUUUAAAACUGUCAUCUGACGUUUUUAACGUUGUUCGUGCGUUAGAAGAAAGAAGGGAAGAGUAACAAUUAUCUGUACAUUUAAAGAAAUUUGAAUGCGAUGAAUGAGUUAAAGUUGAAACAUACCGCAGACUACGAAUGGGCAGUAAAAUUGAAUCGGUUUAGUUUGAGUGCAAUAUGUCUUUGGCCUGCGGAAGAACAAGAUAUAAAAAAACAGUUUUGGAUUAAAUUACGUACAAUGGCAUACUUUCUGUUAAUUACUUUCGUUUGCACGAUUCCUUGCCUAUAUGCUUUGAUCAAAGAAUGUGACACUUUAAUGGAGGUGACGGACAAUCUUGCAUAUUCUAUUCCUUUGACUAUAACAGUAAUAAAGUUUAUUAUUGUGUCCAGUAAAAAAGAAGUUCUCUUGCCAAUCGUAAAUAUGAUUGCCGAAGAUUGGGCUAAAUUGAAAACGGACUUUGAAGAACGUGUAAUGAUACGACGAGCAAGAAUGGCAAGAACAAUUAAUAUAUUUGGUUACAUAUUAGUAUGUAUUUUAAUAUGGUUGCUAAUGGUUUUCCCGAGAUUCGGGAUCACUAUUCGAUAUAUAACGAAUGUAACCGACAUAAAGAAACUUCUCCCUUUACCAACUUAUUACAUGUACGAUGUUUCCGAAACUCCAUAUUUUGAAAUUAUGUACAUUAUCCAAUCUACCAGUCUACUGGUAGCGACAUUCUGUUAUACCGGGAUUGAUAAUUUUUUUGGAGUUGUAAUCCUUCAUAUUUGUGGCCAAUUAGAAAACCUUCGUUUUCAUCUUUCAAAUAUGAAAGAAUCACAGACAUCAAAUCAGAUUUUAGCAGCUACUGUAGAAGAUCACAUACGACUCAUCAGAGCGAUUAACGUGAUAGAAAAUACAUCAACGCUGUUAGUUCUUGCGUUGUUAAUUAAUUUUGGUACGUGUGCUUGUAUCUAUGGAUUAUUGUUAAUCACAGUACCCGCUGGAAAAGAGGAAUUUUCUGUAAUUCGAGUGGUCUAUUUAAUUUGUAAUUUUGCAAAUACAUUUCUUCAAACGUUUCUCUAUUUCAUGGCGGGACAAAUGUUAGUAACACAAUCUGAGAGAAUACACGAUGCCGCAUACGAAUGCGAGUGGGUAAAUCUGAAAUCUAGGAAAGCGAAAAACUUGAUAAUAAUCAUGGCAAGAUCAAAGAAACCGCUUCAUUUAACGGCGGGAAAGUUAUUUCCUGUAACGUUGCUAACAUUUUGCAAUAAUUCUUUCGAUUAUUUGACUAAAGUAGAAAAUACAUCAAUUAUAAAAGGAUCAUGAAGAAAAUAAAAAAAAAAGAGGAAAAAGAAAUUAAAAUGCAUAAUUAGGAAAAGUUAACCUCAUUUAAGCCGUGAAAUAUUUGCAAUAAAUAACUCGAUUUGAA